UCAGACAUAGGCCUAACGGUUUGCAUUCAAUAUUUCAAUUAAAAGUUAGAUUUAUUUAGCUCGUUAAUUUGUAAGGAACCAGUCAUGUUUUUCUCCCCAAGCGUUUUGAAUCGUCACACAGGGUGCUUCUCCACAAUAUGGUUGGCUGCCACCAAAGGGAUAAAGAUCCCACAAAAAGAUUUCCUGAAAGUCAAUGUCCAACGAACAUGUAAUGACAUCAUGGACUAUGUGCUGGUGCGAAUCCCGCCCCCUCUGCCGGGAUUGCCCCGCCCCCGUUUUUCCCUCUACCUCUCCUCCCAGCUCCAAUAUGGUGUCAUCAUCGUCUACCACCGCCAGUGUGGGAUGCUCCUGGAGGAGAUCCAGCACAUUCUGGACAGACUAGCCAAGACCAGAACCGCCCAGAUGAUCGAUGUGGAUGAGUCUGAUAGACACACUCUUUCUCUCCCUGACGUGUUGUCUCUCCUGGAGGAAAGUGAGUGGGCAGCGAACCCCUUCUUUGGAGAAAUAGAUUCUGGGUGCACCAUGCCCAGCCCUAACACACUAAUACAGCUGGGUGGAGAGUUUAGGAGAGAAUCCACUCCUGAGCGCCCCCUGCUUCUGAGUCCAGGUAUCACAGCGUCUCCAGACUCCAUCACUCUGAUAGAGACUGAACCCGUCACCAUCCCCUCAGCAGAGUUUGAAGGUGCGGAGCUCGCUGAGGUCACACAUCAAAACAUGGGGAUGAUUGACUUGCUAAUGGACCAAUUAGAUCACUUCCCAGAGGGUGAGUGA